GAGGCCGGCCAGGCGGCGGCCAUGGACCGCUUCGUGUGGACCAGCGGCCUCCUGGAGAUCAACGAGACGCUGGUGAUCCAGCAGCGGGGGGUGCGCAUCUACGACGGCGAGGAGAAGAUAAAAUUUGAUCCCGGGACCCUCCUUCUUAGUACGCACCGUCUAAUUUGGAGAGAUCAGAAGAAUCAUGAAUGCUGCAUGGCCAUUCCUCUUUCCCAAAUCGUGUUCAUUGAAGAACAGGCAGCUGGAAUUGGAAAAAGUGCGAAAAUAGUGGUUCAUCUUCACCCAGCUGCUUCUAACAAAGAACCUGGCCCGUUCCAGAGCAGUAAGAACUCCUACAUCAAGCUCUCCUUCAAGGAACAUGGCCAGAUUGAGUUUUACAGGCGUCUAUCAGAGGAGAUGACACAGCGAAGAUGGGAGAAUAUGCCAGUUUCCCAGUCAUUACAAGCAAAUCGAGGACCCCAGCCAGGAAGAAUAAGGGCUGUAGGAAUCGUAGGUAUUGAAAGGAAACUGGAAGAAAAAAGAAAAGAAACUGACAAAAACAUUUCUGAGGCCUUUGAAGACCUCAGCAAGCUAAUGGUCAAGGCUAAGGAAAUGGUGGAGUUAUCAAAGUCCAUCGCUAAUAAGAUCAAAGACAAGCAAGGUGACAUCACAGAAGAUGAGACCAUCAGGUUUAAAUCCUAUUUGCUGAGCAUGGGGAUAGCUAACCCAGUUACCAGGGAAACCUAUGGCUCCGGCACACAGUACCACAUGCAGCUGGCCAAGCAGCUGGCUGGAAUACUGCAGGCACCUUUGGAGGAACGAGGGGGGAUAAUGUCGCUUACGGAGGUGUACUGUUUAGUAAACCGAGCUCGAGGAAUGGAAUUGCUUUCACCAGAAGAUUUAGUAAAUGCGUGCAAGAUGCUGGAAGCGCUGAAAUUACCUCUGAGACUCCGUGUGUUUGACAGCGGCGUCAUGGUCAUUGAACUGCAGUCCCACAAGGAGGAGGAAAUGGUGGCCUCAGCCUUGGAGACGGUUUCAGAGAAGGGAUCGUUAACAUCAGAAGAGUUUGCUAAGCUCGUGGGAAUGUCUGUCCUUCUGGCUAAAGAGAGGUUGCUUCUUGCCGAGAAGAUGGGCCAUCUUUGCCGAGAUGAUUCAGUGGAAGGCUUGCGGUUUUACCCAAAUUUAUUUAUGACACAGAGCUAAGAGUUUUGUAUCUGAAAUAACUUGUUAUCCAUAUGCUUGCAUCAUGGAGAGGUUGAAUGCCAUUGAGCUAAGGGUAAACCCUGAUAAAGAGAAUUUACUGGAACUUUGCAGUAUCAUACAAGACCCUUUUAAUUUCUUCCUAAAUUAUGAUCCAGGAAGCUUCUCUAGGAUAUAUAUAGGAAAAAUACAAAAAGCUGAAUGCCAAUAUUAAUUCAAAAUCAUGCUACCGUUGUAUAGAAACCCUCAGAGUUUAACUGGAAAUUUGGUGGAUUUUAACUUGAUGUUCAAAUCUGAUCAUUUUUUAAAGAAAAAAAUUUAGUUCAUGGGGGAAGAAAGAGAAGUUGCGUGUUUGGACAGGUUAGAUGUUAUUUUGGUGUGACUGAAAUUCACUGAAUUAUGAAAGAAGUUUUUCUUUGCAUUUAGUGUGCACCUUUGGGGGGUUUUCAUGAAGAAGUUUAGACCUACAUUGUAGUGUAAGAACCUGACAACAUCCAACUGCAGUAUGUCACGUGAGGCUCUUCCUAAGGGCUUUUUAGAAGCAGCCAUAGGCAUGUCUUCAGCAGACCAAAUAAAGCAGCUUAAAAAAAAAAAGAGAAUUUUGCUUGACUUCCAUAUAUAUAAUCUGACUAGUUUCUUUUUCUUUUUUUUAAGUGAUGAUUUCAUGGCUGGCAUUUAAAGAAUGCAACUAUGUCAUUCUGUUUUAAAAACUGCCGUGGAUUUUGCUAGUGAAUUAAAGAGCUGUAUGGACAUGCCCGGAGAUACGGUUACAAAUUUGUAAAGUAGACGGUUCAGGAUUUCCCUCAGAUUGUUAUGUGGGUGGAGGGGCCUGGAAGAACCUUUUAACUAGCUUUACAUGAACUUUGGUGCUCUUUUACCUCAAAGCCAAGGAUGGACAAAUAGAAAGUGGAAAUGAUAAUAUGUCUCCUUUUCCUUCCCUUAAGGAGUUUCACUGCUGAACUUUUAAAAACUCUUUCUAUCAUCCUCUAGCAAUAUAUUUUUCCUUUGCUCCACACGUUAUAAGUUGUGUGGAGAAACUCUCUCACUAGAAAGUAUUACUGAGAUGACUGGCGAAUAUUGAAUCCAGAUCGCUUGAGUUUUCUAGUGGACCGCCUGACUUCAUUACUGCAACACGGCGUACAGUCCUUUGGCAUUACCUCAAACUCAGGGACACCACAGGGAGAGAAGGAGAGCCCCUUUCAAGGCGGAGUUGGCAGUGGAAGGUCACUGAUGGGUUUUGACCAAGCCUCUAAAAGGGGUGGUAUCUGUACUGAGAGAACCUUUGAGAGCAGGAGGCGGGAAUGCUCAGCCUGAGACUCUGGGCUCCCUGAGACAUCCUCACUAAGAAGUGGAGGACCACUGCCGGGCCGCUGCAGAUGCCCUAUGGGCAAGGUCCGGGGACCCUCAGCUGCAGACCCAGGGAAACCCUCCGCGUGCAGCCAGAGUCGAUCCCUGACCCCUGCCUGAUCCCUGUUGCUGCUUCACAUCCUCCAGUGUCACGGGAACUUCGUGGCUGAGGCAUCCUGCCUUAGUUCCAAAUCCGUCGCUGAUUCCAUGUGGUGAUGAUACACCCCUUAACAUCCCCUCUCGUUUGUUUUGGGGGAAGUUCAGUGUCUGGCUGCCCAAAUCUUUGGAGCCAUGGUGUAUGGUUGUUUGCGUGUCACUCCUCUCUGGGAAGCACUCUGUCUCACACACACACACACACACACACACACAUACACACUCAUCUCAUUCACUCAAUAUCUCAUCUGGCCAAGGUUUUUAAAAAUUACACAGAUAAAUAAUCUGUUUCACCAGUUGGAAUGAGUUGCAACUAAGAUUGUUAGAGCUACUAGGUCUUCUAGCUGUAAUGGUGUCGAUUCGUUACAGCAGACUCAUGAGUCAGCAUAUUUAUUUAUCCUAGUGUGACAAUGCAUUAACAAAAAUGGAGCAGUCUGAGUUAUAUAAAGUGAGCUAAAGUGACAUGAAUCUAGGUUUGCAAAUGUCACAUUAAUUAAAAAACAGGUAUGAUUGAUUUUAUUGUUUUAAAGUGGGCAUUCUUCACCGUUUCCAGACCUCUAUAUGUAUAUUUUUGUUCUUUUUGUUUUGUUUUUGUCAAAUAAGGUGUCAUUUUCAUUCCUUUGUUGGAAGAGGUUAUGUUUAAAUACAACCAGUCAGGCCCUAAGUGCAAAAAAAGUUCUGUCUUCUUGGUGCUUAUCACUGUUAUAUUAUUAUUUUUGCUUUCUAACUUUGCUCUUUGGAGCACAAAUCUGUAGCUUUAUGAUAAUGGAAUAUUUCUAGUCACAUACUGUCCAACCUUUGUACAUUGUACAAGCGAAGAAUGUUUUCAGGGUUAAAUGAUUGGUAUUAAUGUAUAUAGA